UUGGCAACCCAGUAAAUAGAACUGUCAUCCUGUUGUAUUGACGAAAGUUGUAAUUUUUUAUAAUUUUGUUGAUUUUUGUAUGCAAAACAGUAAAAUUAAUGCAGUAAAUGAAUUGAAUAGCAUCAAUAUAUUAUAUGUAACAGAACAGAGCUAUAUUUAAUAACAAAAUGGCUACGAAAAAGGGAAAAGGACCGUUGUUUGACGGUGGUUUAUGUCGAUGUUGCGGAAAUAUGAAAAAAUGUCGUGUUUUGAACAUUGAAUACGAGAGUUUAGGCCAAAAGGAGGUUUAUUCGGAUAUGAUAAUGGAUUGCUUCGGUUUGCUGCUGUCACACCUAGACGGAGUGCCAUCAGAACGUCUGAUCUGUGCGACCUGUGUGUCCCGUAUACGUGAGGCUCUGAGCUUCCGGAGACAGGUACUCCGGUGUGAGGAGGCAUUCCUACAGAUGAAGAUAUAUGAUGCAUCCAGUGAAGAACCGAAGAUAGAAAGCCAGUGGCACCCAAGAAUCGAGGUGGUAGUAAAGGCUGAGCCAGUACCGAUGCAAGCGCAGAGCGAUGAUGAUCACUGCACAGAUACUCUCGCUGAUACUCCAGAACCCCGACCAACAAGCGAUGACGAUGACCAGCCUCUAAAAAGUCUCGCCACGCAGCACAUAGAGAAGACUGAUAAAUUUGUGGAAAUACAUGUCCCUCCGUUGGACUCUGUUAAAGCUCAGGCGAAGUUGCCUGAUUCGACAGUGGCGCCACCUCUCGCUUUGAUGCAGAAGCAGAAACUGCCAAUGGAGAAAGUACAACAAAUCAUGCGAGAAAGAGACUCAUCAUACAUGACAGAGACAAACAUAUUGACCAUAGUAGAAUAUUCCUACGUCUGCCCAUUUAAAUGUAGACACAACCACUUACUAUGCUACUACUGCGGAGAGCUAUACUCAGACCCGGAGCUAUUAAGGCAGCAUACAAUAAAUACACAUAACCCUAAAAGAUUUAAAGUCACAGAACAUAAGAAAAUGGUCAAAAUAGACCUUACAAGAAUAGACUGUAGACUAUGUGGCAUUAAAAUUAAUGAUCUAGAAAGUUUCAAGAAGCAUAUAUCUGAGAUACAUAAGAAGAAAUAUUAUUUUAAUUAUAAAGAUUCUGUGUUACCGUUCAAGUUAAACCGGGAUGAAAUGAAGUGUGCUAUCUGUAAUGUCUUGUUUCCGUAUUUCCAUGCGUUGAAUAAACAUAUGAAUGAACAUUACAGUAAUUAUGUUUGUGAGACUUGUGGAUUGGGUUUCGUGGACAAAGGCCGCUUCGUGAUGCACCAACAGAGACACGAGGAAGGCGACUUCCCGUGCCCAGACUGCGGCAAGGGAUUCAAGGCGCUAUACAACCGGGACCUGCAUAUAGAUCGCGUGCACCGCAAGAAGGGACGCGUCUACUGCCCGAAGUGCGACGUCAAACUGAUGUCCUACUACCAGAAGUUGAAGCAUCUGGUCGAGGUACACGGAGAGGAGCCGCUCAGCUUCCCGUGCACGAUGUGCGAGCGGAUCUUCGAGACGAGGCGCACGCUCACCAUACACAGGAGGAAGGAACAUCUUAAAGAUUACAGAUACGAAUGCCAAUGCUGCGGCCAGAAGUUCUUCACCCGUUUCGCUUUAAACAAUCACAUGCCGACACACACGGGCGAGAGGAACUUCAAAUGUAAAGUCUGUGAGAAAUGCUACCCUCGUCUCAAGACCCUGAAGGACCAUAUGAGGAUACACACGAACGAUCGACGGUACCGAUGUCAUGUUUGUGGGCAGGCUUUUAUCCAGAAUUGUAGUUUGAAAGGGCAUAUGAAGAGUCAACAUCCGGAGUAUGAGAUGAGGUAGGUGUUGUAAAGUAGGUUUAGGGAACAGAGAGUAAGGCAGUUGUCCCACCAACGGCGAGUGGACGACUAACUAUCGGCUAUUUUCUCGCUCAAGAAACGUACAAUAGAUAUACUUUCCGUGUAAACAAAAGAGAUGCAUAUACAAAUAGUUGAUCGCUGACUGUUCACACUGCCGGCGAGUGCUCGCUUCACUUGUUUGUUUUUGUUUUCACUCGUUUCUAGUUCUAGCUCUACUCGUUACUCGUUCAUCGUUGCCGGUGGGACAACUGCUUAAUAG